UCUGCUAUAGACGAAGAAGAACCACAAACACAGAGGAAAGUCCUGAGGCUGCAGGCGAGCAGGGCAUCAGUAUCGAGUAAAAGUUAAAGAAAACAGUUGUUUUGAAUGAAGAUGGACUCCGGGGCUGUGGAGAUAGACGGCAGUGUGAUGGAGGGAGGUGGACAGAUCCUGAGGGUGUCCGCGGCGCUCAGCUGCAUCACCGGAUCCUCCGUCAAAAUCACCAAAAUCCGAGCCGGCAGAAGCACGCCGGGUCUGAGACCGCAGCACCUGAACGGCCUGCAGCUGGUCUCAGAUCUGUGUUCGGGCAGUCUUCAGGGAGCCAGUAUUGGCUCCACUGACAUCAGUCUGACUCCAGGAAAAAUCCAGUCUGGAAACUACACAGCUGACACACAGACUGCAGGGAGUGUGUGUCUCCUGCUGCAGGUUGCUCUGCCUUGUGCUCUUUAUGCUGAUGCUGCCUCCCAGCUUUGUCUGAAGGGAGGAACCAAUGCAGAGAUGGCUCCUCAGAUCGACUACACUGUCAAGGUUUUCAAACCCAUUGUGGAGAAGUUUGGAGUCCACUUUGACUGCGACAUCAGAAUGAGGGGUUUCUACCCUAAAGGUGGAGGUGAGGUGAUGGUGACGGUGAAUCCGGUCAAAGAACUGAAGCCCGUCACCAUGACGGACAGAGGAAACAUCACAAAGAUCUAUGGUAGAGCUUACGUCGCUGGAGUUCUACCAUUCAAAUUGGCUAAAGACAUGUCAGCUGCUGCUGUUCGAACCAUCAGGAAGGAAAUCAAAGAACUUUACAUCAACAUCCAGCCACAGCAAGAGAAGGAAAAGGCCUGCGGGAAUGGGAAUGGCAUAAUAAUCAUCGCAGAGUCCUCCACAGGGUGCAUAUUUGCAGGUUCAGCUCUGGGAAAGAAAGGUGUGUAUGCAGAUAAAGUGGGUAUUGAAGCUGCUGAGAUGUUGCUGAAGAACAUCCGACACAAUGGCUGCGUGGAUGAAUUCCUGCAGGACCAGGUCAUUAUUUUCAUGGCGCUGGCAAAUGGAACGUCUCGGAUUCGAACCGGCGCUGUGACACUACAUACACAGACAGCCAUUCACAUCGCAGAGCAGCUGACUCAGGCAAAAUUCACAAUAACAAAGUGCGAGGAUGAGCUGAGCAGAAACGUUACCUACAUCAUCGAAUGUCAAGGAUCAGGAGCAGUGAACCCCCACCUGUAGCAGAACACACUCCACACACUGAUCACGCACUCGGUAGCUGCUCCUAACAUGGCCGACCCUCUUAGUUUCUGUCUCUCAGGGUUUUCCAUAAAUACUGUAAUAAAUAAAUCUUCCUGUGUUCACGUG